UGAGCUCUGGCUGAUGACGUACUAAUUGUGGGACAAGGUUGUGUUAUGUUUAUGGACACCGGGGCGCCGCAGUGUCACACCAGGGGGAACAUCUCAGCAGUCUUCUAGUUAGUGAACCGAUUAUUAAGGCGGAGAAUGUCUGUGGCAGCUCUACGUUGGAUCCGUUGUCGGAGACUGAGCACAGCUGGGUCAUCUGGAGUGAAGAAGGUGCUCCAGUGGAAAGAUUUAAGAAAGGUUGCCAAAGUAACUGGUGCAGUUGUUUUGGGGGGCUGCCUGUUUAUCACUUAUGAAGUCGUAGCCUUGGACAAGGCUGUGACCAUUGACACCAGCGCUAUUCUUCAGGAGAAGUACAAGUCUUACAUUUAUCUGAGAGCCACUCCUUCAGAUGAAAAGGAUAACCUCACUGCAGGGCUCACACAUAAAGCCAGGAGGGAGCUUCAUAAAGCAGCGAGGCGCUUUCUGGAAAUGUCAUCAAGGCUUUUGCUGCAAUCACUAGAUGAACACUUUACCCAUGUGGAUGCAGACCCACAUGAGGUGGCAUUAUGGGUCUUACUGAAGAGGACACUAUCAGCCAAUAAAGCCAUCAGAUUGCAGGCUGUACAGGAGCUUGCAGACAAUCACCACUGGCACGACUACCAGUACCAGACUGCAGCCCAGGUUAUAGACCAGAGAACAGCAGUGGGUCUGGCCCGGACACCCCAGGUAGACCUUCGAUUCUUUCUACGCUCACCUGCACUGCCGGUCCCAGAGGACGGUUUGUCUGCAGAAGACGGACUAAGGCAGCUCCUGGGGUCUCUGCCUCAGUCUGAGGUGGACAAAUGUGUUCAGUACUUCACAUCACUGGCUCUCAGAGAGAGCACCCAGUCCUUAGCAGCACAACGGGGUGGAUUAUGGUGUUUUGGAGGUAAUGGACUGCCUUAUGCCCAGAGCCUCACUUCUGUCCCCUCUGAAAAAGUGGAAUCCUUCUGUUUACAGGCACUGGUACAGCACUCAAAGGUCCAAAGUCACUGUGACCACAUUGUUGCCAACGGGGGUCUGCAGCUCCUCCAGAGGGUUUAUCAGCUCCGUAGAGACUCCCUGAAGAUUCAGAGGAACAUUGUUCGUAUUAUAGGAAAUUUGGCUCUCAAUGAGGGUGUUCACCAGGCCAUAGCUCAGUCUGGCUGGGUGUCUGUCCUGGCUGAGAUGAUGCAGUCUCCUCAUGUCAUGCAGGCGUCUCAUGCAGCACGCGCUCUGGCCAACCUGGACAGGGAGGCAGUGAAGGAGAAAUAUCAGGAUGGUGUUUAUAUCCUGCACCCACAAACGCGUGGCAACCAGCCAAUCAAAGCAGACGUGCUCUUCAUCCAUGGGAUCUUGGGAGCAGCUUUUAAGACAUGGAGGCAGAAGGACCGUGAUACUUUAGAGGACGAGAGUGAGAGGGGGGCGGAAAGCGAGGAUGAUUACUCAGAGUGCUGGCCAAAGUCAUGGUUGGCUGCUGACUGUCCGAAUCUUAGAAUACUGUCGGUGGAGUAUGACAGUCACCUCAGUGACUGGAUGGCCAAGUGUCCUGCUGAGAAUCAGAGGAAGUCUUUGGCCCACAGAAGUGCAGAGCUACUGAAGAAGUUAAAGCAGGCAGGUGUUGGAGAGAGGCCUCUGGUCUGGGUGGCCCACAGUAUGGGAGGGUUGCUUGUGAAGAAAAUGCUGCUGGAUGCAGUGGAGGACCCAGACAUGCAUUCACUGUUAAAGAACACCAAGGGCAUUUUGUUCUAUAGUGUUCCUCACCACGGCACUUUCAUGGCAGAGUACUCGGUCAGUGUCAGAUAUCUCCUCUUUCCCUCUAUAGAAGUCAGAGAACUUUGCAAAGACUCACCAGCACUGCGCAACCUGAAUGAGAACUUCCUAAACAUGGCCAAAGAAAAGGAAAUCAAGGUGCUGAGCUUUGCAGAGACGCUGCCCACAAACAUCGGUCCCAUGGUCAAGAUACUGGUGGUGCCGCAACAGUCAGCAAAUCUGGGCAUUGGGGAGCUCAUCGAGGUAGACGUAGAUCACCUCAACAUCUGCAAACCAGAGAAGAAGGACUCGUUUCUGUACAAGCGAAGCCUCAAGUUCAUCAUGGAAGCGCUGCAGAGCUACAUCAGCCACUGACUGACAUACAUGAUAUCAAACGUACUAAUAGGACCUACUUUAAUACUUGAAAUUGGGACGAGCACUUCUAACUCCAAACCAAACAGAAACAUAACUGCCUCUCUGUGUUACACAUUCAUAUGUAGACCACUUGUUAUGAUAGUAUAACUAGGGAAUUAAAUUUGUUUUACACUUCCAUUUCUAUGGGAGUGUGUCACAGAUACAUUUUAGAGGAUAUUUGAAUAGUGAAGGAACAUAAUGACAUUUUCAAGUCAGUAUAGAUCAUACAAAUGUAAUCUAGAUUUUAUUUUUCUGGCCCUUUUUAGUGUCAUCUUAAAAUUGAGAGCUUAACAUGCGGCCCAUUGUGUUCAUACUCUGUGUAAAGAUGCACUGACAUGCCAUUGUCUCACCUGCUUCUCAGUAUUUUUGAACAAAGCAAUGGUUGAAGAAUUUUUAUUUUUAAUUUAUGUAUUUUUAUUAUAACUGCAGUAUGACAGUCAUAUGUCUGCCAAAACAUAUUCCUUUGUCAACUUGACCUCCAAUGGACCUGUAUGAAUAUGUAUCUGGGCAGAUUUAUUUAUUUUUUGGGGCCUAAUCAAACAAUUCAACUUUAAUCUCCAUGUGUUUGUUGUUCAAAUUGCCACUAGCAAUACCAACAAUGAAUAAAUGAAUGAAGUAGAGGCUUUAUUUAAA